AUGACAACAUCGCAAACCUCCUCACUGUGGGCUCUUGCUCUAUCAACAUUCCCUGAAAAGAACCAGUGCAUUUCCAAAAUACCAAGCGCCUCUUCCUCAGACACCAAACAAACUCUAAACAAUGUUCUUUCGGCACUCGAAGUCCAGCGCGACCGCUGCACACGGGAUAAAUGGAUCACGAUCAGCAUUGGGGGGAAGGAGCUCAUCAUCCGCGAUCUCUGCGCCAAGAUUACUGCCUAUGCCAGGAAAUGCAUGGACGUAGCUGAUGUUGCGGUUCAGUAUGACCCUAUUCACGCGGCGUUGCCGUGGGCUGGCGUGCUUUUCUUGCCGCAGCUGACUCUCUCUAGAUUUGAGGUUUUUGGUGCUAUUGUCGAGGAAUUGGAGAAGGCCACAAGACUGAUAGCCCGAUGUGGGAUGCUUGACGCCCUUUUCAUCCGAAAUGGUAAGGGUACUACUGGAGAAAGAUUGGGCUUGGAGUGGGAAAUGCUGAAAUUGUAUUCCGUUGUCCUGGACGUUAUUUGCAAGGCUGAGAAGCAUCAUGAUUCCUCGGGCAUGAAGCGUGUCUUGAACUUGACAACUCGGGCGUCUAGUCAAGGAUCGGUGACGCAAAUGGAGGCUGUAGAGCAAAAGGUGUUGGCCUUGAAGGGUCUCAUUGAUAGCCAAAGGGUGAAAGACAUCUACGACGGAAUUUCCGAAGAGAAAGCCCUCGCCGCCGCUAUUGCCAGCCGAAAACUUGGUCUCGUACAGCUUGUCGUCGAUGCUGGCGCCAACCUUGACGCUCAUGGACCUUUUGGCUCUCCCUUGCGGAGCGCCGUUAAUUUGGGCGGUGAAAACCGCAAUGCACUUCAGGUUGCUUGUGAUACAGGGAAUAUCGACAUUGUUAGGUUCUUGCUCGGCCAGCAUGCGGAUGUGAGGGCGUCUGGAAAGGAUCUAGGAAAUGCACUGCAAGCAGCCUCUGUUAAGGGACACGUUGACAUAGUCAAACUGCUUCUUCCCCAAGUUAUAGAGGUGGACGAGGCUGACAGUGAUACUGAAACAGCGCUCUGCCUCGCUGCAGCUAACGGACACGAGCAGACGGUGAUCUUUCUGCUGCAACAAGGAGCUAACGUCGACGGUAAUCCCACUCUUGAAUAUGAUAGCAGUGACAAAUCCGAACCACCGGGCAAAAUUCUCCCGCACAAAAGGCACAAAAGGCUCCGGGAAAAACAAAGUAUUGUUGCAGUUCCUCUUCAUCUCGCCGCCGUUAGUGGACACGAAUCUAUCGUCUCUAUCCUCCUUGAAAACGGGGUAAACGCCCACCUGAAAGGAAAAUAUCGCCGUAACGAAAAUGGUUCCUGGGAUGAACGUAGUUUCAGCAAACUUCACAGCACAUCACUUUUCGCAGCAUGUUUUUGGGGUCAUCUUUUCACUGCCAAACGGCUAUUUCAACACGAUCCAUGGGGCUAUAUAUCUCAUAAAACGUUUACUUCUGCUGUGGAGACAAGUCUCACUCGCAAUAAAAAGAAUAUUGCAACAAUGCUGGUUCAAGAGGCGAUUCUCGCAGGGUUCAAAGCUGAACACUUCGAAGGUACAUUCAGAUACGCCUGUGCAAACGGAUACACGGAGGUUUUGAAGCAAAUUUUGGAACAUUUCGUUCUCGAGAAUUGGCCCACUGCUCUUUUGUUGGCCACAAAAGAAGGCAGAGGCGCCGUUGUUGAGGUUUUGCUGCAAAACGGAGCUGAUAUGGAUAUUCGCGACGAGCAUGGCAAUCUAGCAUUGGACUUGGCUAUAAAAGGAAUUAAGAAACACAGAGACCACCACUGGCCCUCUGACCCACCAAACUGGAUCGAAGUUUUUAUGACCUUGCUUUGUGCAGGGGCUGAUACGAACGACCUAUCUAACAAAAUUAGGGAGGUCUUCCCCGUUAUUGCAAAGCGCGGGAGAGUUGAUAUCUUGAGAAAAUUGGAUCACUGGGGAUACAAUAUACUCGAUGAUGCUACACUCUAUCCAGAGAUCUUGGUCAAAGCCUCAGCCGACGGCGACAAUGAAAAGAUCGAUUACAUGAGUACCAAGCAUGUCCCUUCGACUAAGAAUAUCAAAGCUGCCGUUUUGGCUGCAAUCAAUCGUCAAAGUGAUCUAACAGAUCGUAUACCGACGAUCAAGAGACUCCUGGGUCUCAAAACAGCGAUAUCUUUUGAUGAAAACCCGGAUGUCGAGCCAUUGGUAAUUGCUUCUGAGAAGAAGCAUCCCGGAAUCGUGGCCAUUCUACUCCAACACACUAGAUACGGCAGAUGUGUCGUUGAAACGGCCUUCAAAUCAGCUAUACGGCGCGGUAGCGUUGCCUGCGCACGCCUCAUUCUUGAGUCACAGGGCUGGGAACCUGCUGAACGCCUUGAGAUUUGUUCUCGUUCUAUUCUGAAACAUUUUCCUUACAUUAAUAGGGAUAUUCUUGCAUAUCUGUUUGAUCAAGGGAUAUCCCCGAAUAAAAGGGAUCCCCAAACUGGCGCAACUCUGUUGUACAUCGCCGCUACCAUGUAUAGCGACAAGGUUGUUCAAAAUUUUGUGGCUCUAGGCGCAGACGUCGACCUCGACGGAGGCGAGUACGGGACGGCGCUACACGGAGCAGCAGCAGCUGGGAAUCGGAAGUCAGUGGAGUUGCUCCUUUCAUCUGGUGCAGAUGUUAAUGCACAGAAUGAACGUUUUGGUACGCCGCUGGUGGCAGUGAUGGCGCAGCAGUGGGAAGAUUGCUUUGUAGCGAAGUACGAGUUCAAGUGCUUCUUGAACUGCCAUCGAUGCUGUGCAAGGCUGCUGUUGGACUGGGGUGCGGAUGUUGAUGCCAAAGGUGGAGAGUUUGGGACAGCGCUACAUGCUGCACAGAAUGUUGGAAACAUGCCGGGAGUAAAUAUGCUCCUGCAAGAUGAGGAGUUUAGUAAUACAUAG